GACGGCGAACUGUGUCAACUUUCUGCUGGAGAGAAAUAUCCCCUGAACAACGGAACAAUACAUAUGCUCGCUCAGCAACCUUCUUCAAACGCUACGGAAUCAGGGGCUGUUAUCAUCGUGUCUAUCACAUUUGCAUCAGGUGCAACUGUGUCAUUUGACAUCCGGUAUUCACCAAAGAUGGGCCGACAGUUUGUGAAUAUUUUGUUCAGCCCAACUGCCACGUUCAAGGGCAACACGGAGGGACUGUGUGGGCUCAUGGACGACGAUGGUGACAAUGACUUCACUGGUCCUGACGGCACUGUGUACAACGACACUUCUGUAUUUGCUGAAACUUGGCGGAUAAAUAAAACCCACCACGGCUCAGGUCUGAUGGGGUCCUGGUCAUGGAACUCUUCUAACUUCCAUCCUGAUGACGUCAUGGAUCCUGCCUAUUCUGACCCGAACCACCGCCCUUCUGUCGGCAUAGAUGGACUGACUCAGGAGCAAAAGGGAAAAGCUGAAGAAAUGUGUAUCGCUCUCGGGUUGACCGGCACACUUCUUAAUGAAUGCGUCUUUGACGUGUCAAUCACUAACGACACAACCUUUACUGAACAGGAGGUUUUUAAAGGUUGUCCAAACCAGUGCUCUGGUAGGGGUCGCUGUGUGAACGGAACCUGUGACUGUAUAACGGGCUGGUCUGGUGAAGACUGUAACGUUGGAAACUGCACAGACUGCUCCGAGGAUCACGGGAAAUGUGAGCUGGGGUUUUGUAUGUGCCUGCCCGGAUGGGAGGGAGCAGCCUGUGCUCAACAAGCGACAUGUUAUGCCGUCAAAAACUGUACCAGCAUGAGUCACGGGAUCUGCAUUACCACAGAUGUCUGCAGAUGUGAGCCGGGCUACAUCGGUGCUGAUUGCAGUGUGGUUCCCACGUGCGUAAGUGUUGCUAACUGCACAGACCACGGAUUGUGUGUGGACUACGAUACCUGUCUGUGUGAUGAACAGUGGACAGGUGACAAGUGUGACCAGUUCUCAUGUGCAGCAUUGGAUUACUGCUCUGGGCACGGAAGCUGUGUGGACAUAGACGUCUGCCACUGUGAGCAAGGCUGGACCGGCAGCUCCUGUGUGACACCGGACUGUCCUGAAGUUAACCAGUGUUCCCGCCAAGGAGACUGCGUUGGUCCGAACAUCUGCCAGUGUUACAGCGGGUAUCAAGGUCUGGACUGCAGUGAAGCCCAGAGUUGUCCUGAAUUGCAAGAAUGCAGUGGAAACGGGGUUUGCGUCAACAGUUCUAAAUGGCAAAUGGAAUGCAACUGCUUCCCAGGGUUCAGCGGCGCAAAUUGUAACCACCCAGACUGUACUGAACAGAAUAACUGUACUAACCACGGCAGCUGCAUAGAGCCUAACCUGUGUCAGUGUGACAGUGGGUACACCGGGAACGACUGUGCCAACUUCUCUUGUGAAGCAUUGCAGUAUUGUUCUGGCCAUGGAAGCUGCGUGAGGUUUGACACAUGUGGCUGCGAUCCUGGCUGGACAGGUGGAUCAUGUAACAUUGCAAACUGCAGCAUCAAAGGUGACUGCUCCAGCCAAGGCACGUGUGUCGCCCCAAACACGUGCGUAUGCUUCCCUGGGUUCCAGGGAGAGGACUGCAGUGAAGAGAACCUACCCAAUGAGCAUCCCCCAGUCUUUCAGAAGGACAGAUAUGAUGCCACAAUGCCCGAAAACCAUCCCGUUGGCUCACCGAUUCUUACAGUUUUUGCAAACGAUACUGACAGUGGACGUAACGGUGAGGUCAGUUACAGGCUUGCCCAAACAGGGUUGAACAGUGAAAAAUUUGCAGUGCAUCCUACUUCAGGAACCAUAACUUCAGUCGUUGAGUUUGACUUCGAAUCGUUGGAGCACGCGUCGUUCAGUCUCAUUGUUGAGGCAUUUGACCAAGGGGUGCCGACACUUACGGGAUCAGCCACGGUAAACAUAAACAUAACGGACCAGAAUGACAACAAACCUGUUAUUAGCAUUCCUCCCGAAACCGAGUACAAUCUUCAAUCCAUCUCCCCGAUCGGCUUUCACGUGACUACUGUCCACGCUUCUGAUGCUGACAAGUCCGAUGAUAACUCAAGAAUCACAUACGGAAUCACAAGUGUCAGUCCCUUCCUUAACAUCGAUGCCACAAACGGCAGUGUAACUGUUAGCAGUGCCUUGGAAAGUGGAACGUACGUAUUGAGGGUCAGGGCGUCAGAUCACGGUUUACCACCGAAAACAGACGAAGUCACUCUCCGUAUGAUCGUGACCAAAGUAAGCACAAACACAGCUCCGAAGUGUCCGGAAGAUGAAAGUAUUGAGGUUGCUUCUGGCAAUCUUACAACAGGGUCGACAGUCGCGACUAUAGAAGCAGAAGAUGCCGACAACGGUCCAAACGGUGACAUUUCCUACAGUUUUAAGUCCCUAACAGGAGAACUGGCAAGUCUGUUCGGCAUUGACCCGUCCACUGGUCGGAUUUACGUUGCGACUGAAGUGCCACAGUUAAACAGCACUUUCUCAGCUGUUUCAAUGACAGUUGAGGCCAGAGACAACGCUGUAGAUUCCUUGUCCUGUGAAACAAGAGUCGUUGUAAUAGUAACUUCUCCAGAGUUCAGUGGAACUGUGCCAGAUAACGUAUUUCCAACUACAACUACGCCAUUAACAACUACAUCUGAGCAACAAACUCCACCUUUGGAUGAAUCUACCGCUCUGCCUACAACGGAAAGAGCGAUUACAACCAAACGGUAUGAAACAACGACACCUUUUGACAGAUCUACCACCGGCUCUACAACCCAUCAAGACAUUACAUCAGAGAAAACCGAAAGAUCUACCGCCAUUACUAUAACAGAAAGAGCGACUACAACCAAACUGUAUGAAACAAGGACACCUUUUGGCAAAUCUACCACCGGUUCUACAACAAAGUCAGACAUUACAACAAUGGAAACCGAAAUGUCAACCGCUAUGAUCUCACCAGAAAAAGCAUCUACAACCAAAGAGGAUGAAAUCACGACCCUUUUGGCCAGGUCUAACACCGGUUCUACAGCACACCCAGACAUUACAACACGGGAAUCAGGUAGUUCUACAGCUCACCCUUCAACAGAAAGGGCGAAAACAACCAAAGAGUAUGAAACAAGCACUGCACGGACAGCAACGACAGAAGUACCCAUGUCAGUGGAAACACGUUUGUUCAGAGGCGUCGUAAAGAUCGAGAAUCGAGAGUGGAAGGAUGAACUGGAGGAUCAAACAUCUGAUGAGUUCAAGACUUUGGCUACAGAGGUCCAGCAAGAGCUGGAUAAUGUGUACAGGAACAGCGACCUUGGGGGCACAUAUCACUCUGUGGAGGUUACGGGCUUUUCUCGCGGAAGUGUUAGAGUGGACUUCAUGGUUCGUUUCAACUCACCCACGGCCACACCCAUUGCUAGUGAUGAUGUCCUAGCUGUGUUGGAAGGAAGGACAGACAUUGGCGGUCUGCAAAUAGACCACACUGUCACCAGCAUCUCAGAGGUGACCGAAGAUGGGGAAAGUUAUGUGUGGUACAAGAACCCAAUAUACAUCUUAGCCCUCUGUGUUGGUGCUGCAGUCAUUGUCACAAUUCUGGUAAUACUGGUGGUUUGGCGUGCUAAAAAGAGUCGUCGCAAGAUGGAUAUAGCCAGUCACAAUCAAUGGCCUUCCCAAAAUGCACAGCGCCUACUUCAACAGCGCAUACUGAUUCCACGUGCGAGGCUCUCGCGAGACUCUGCGAGACAGAUGUACCAGAACCCGGUGUACAACGUUAACGAAUGAUUAUGGAGAUGUAAAUACUAUUCCAAGCGUUACAAUGAAACCGUAGUUGUUGUUUUUUAAAAUUUACAACUAAUCAGAAAUUAUACAACCGCAUAUAUAUACAAAUUAGAAAAGAAUUACAAAUAAUUUAGAAUGUUUUUAGAGAAAUCGGUCUCACAAGUAACCGAUAUUACUUGAAAAGUGUUACUGUUGUGCUGUUUUAGCAAGUUUUACAUUUAUUACAUAAUUUGUUAUUGGGUUAUUUGGUGUUAUUUGUUAUUGGUAAACAGUACUGUUGUUCUGUUUUGGCAAGUUUUACAUUUAUUACAUAAUUUGUUAUUGUUUUGUAUCCUCCGUCGGGACGACAAGACUGAUGAUGAUGAUGUU